GCCUUCCCAAUUUGUAGUGGAUCUGCUGGAUGCCUUUGGCUUUGGCUAUCCUCUUCCAGCAAGCUUGCAGAGUUCUUGGCCAAAGGAAAGUAUCACAUUUGCUCCAAGAGCCAUUCCAUUGGCAGCUAAGUAACUGGCUCUUCAAUGUGUCAGGAGCAGGUCACUUUCAUGGCUCCUGUCUCCUUGUGAAGAAAAGGCCUUCUCUCUGGUUCAGGGGGAACAGCCCAAGACCAUCUACUGCUCGCUUUACCUUCCUGCCAGUGUCACAUGUGGGGUUCUGCACAGGUGCUUCUGAGAUGGCUGAACAACGGUAUUGUGUGGACUACGCCAAGCGUGGCACAGCUGGCUGCAAGAAAUGCAAGGAGAAGAUUGUGAAGGGUAUGUGCCGAAUAGGCAAAGUGGUGCCCAACCCCUUCUCAGAAUCUGGGGGUGAUAUGAAGGAAUGGUACCAUAUCAAGUGCAUGUUUGAGAAGCUGGAACGGGCCCGGGCUACCACCAAGAAAAUUGAAGACCUGACUGAACUUGAGGGCUGGGAAGAGCUCCAGGAUGCAGAGAAGGAUCAGAUCAGUGAGCACAUUGCAGCACUCUCCUCAAAGGCAGCAAGCACACCAACAAAGAGAGCCACAGUUCAGGCCAAGCUGACAGCCACUGGCCAGGUGAUUUCUCCACACAAAGGAUCCUCCUCAGUCACUAACACCAAUCCCCGGAAAUUCUCUGGUUUCACAGCUAAACCAGGCACCUCUAAGGGACCUGUCUCAUACCUCACCCCCAAGCCCACUCUGUCAGCUAGAAAGUGUGACCCAAAGCACAAAGACUGCUUGUUGCGGGAGUUUCGGAAACUGUGUGCCAUGGUGGCUGACAAACCCAGCUACAAUGUGAAGACCCAGAUCAUCCAUGACUUCCUGCAGAAAGGAUCAGGCGGUGAUGGUUUCCAUGGUGAUGUGUACCUAACAGUGAAGCUACUCCUGCCAGGUGUCAUUAAAAGUGUUUACAACCUGAAUGACAAACAGAUUGUGAAGCUUUUCAGUCGGAUUUUUAAUUGCAGUCAGGACGACAUGAUCAGGGACUUAGAGCAGGGAGAUGUGUCAGAGACUGUGCGCGUGUUCUUCGAGCAGAGCAGGUCCUUUCCCCCAGCAGCCAAGAGCCUCCUCACCAUACAAGAAGUAGAUGAGUUUCUUCUUCAGUUGUCCAAAGUCACAAAAGAGGAUGACCAGCAAAAUGUGCUACAGGACAUUGCCUCCAGGUGUACUGCCAAUGACCUCAAGUGUAUCAUCAGGCUCAUCAAGCAUGAUCUCAAGAUGAAUUCGGGGGCUAAGCAUGUGCUGGAUGCCCUGGAUCCUAAUGCUUAUGAAGCUUUCAAGGCCUCAAGGAACCUCCAGGACGUGGUAGAACGUGUCCUGGAAAACCAGCAAGAAUCUGAGAAGGUGCCAGGCAUGAAGCGGACACUCAGUGUCCAGGCAUCUCUUAUGACCCCUGUGCAGCCCAUGCUGGCUGAAGCCUGCAAAUCCAUUGAGUAUGCAAUGAAGAAGUGUCCCAAUGGGAUGUUCUCUGAGAUCAAGUAUGAUGGUGAGCGGGUACAGGUGCACAAGAACGGGGACCAGUUCAGCUACUUUAGCCGCAGCCUCAAGCCAGUCCUGCCUCACAAAGUGGCCCAUUUUAAGGACUACAUCCCCCAGGCUUUCCCAGGUGGCCAGAGCAUGAUCCUAGAUGCUGAGGUUCUUCUGAUUGACACCAAAACAGGCAAACCUCUGCCCUUUGGGACUCUGGGUGUGCAUAAGAAAGCUGCUUUCCAGGAUGCCAACGUUUGCUUAUUUGUGUUUGACUGCAUCUACUUCAAUGAUGUCAGCCUGAUGGACAGACCAUUGUGUGAACGACGGAAGUUUCUCCAUGAUAACAUGGUCCAGAUCCCCAAUCGGAUCCUCUUCUCUGAAAUGAAGCACGUCACAAAAGCUUCACAUUUAGCCAAUAUGAUCAACCGUGUCAUCCGGGAAGGGCUAGAAGGACUGGUGCUAAAAGAUGUGAAGGGAACCUAUGAGCCAGGGAAGCGGCAUUGGCUGAAAGUGAAGAAGGAUUACCUGAAUGAGGGAGCCAUGGCAGACACAGCAGAUCUGGUGGUCCUUGGAGCCUUCUAUGGACAAGGAAAUAAAGGUGGCAUGAUGUCUAUCUUCCUAAUGGGCUGCUACGACCCUAGCAGCAAGAAGUGGUGCACGGUCACCAAGUGUUCUGGAGGCCAUGAUGAUGCCACACUUGCCCGCCUGCAGAAUGAGCUGGAUAUGGUGAAGAUCAGCAAGGACCCCAGUAAGAUUCCCAGCUGGCUGAAAAUCAAUAAGAACUACUACCCUGACUUCAUCGUUCCGGAUCCAAAGAAAGCUCCUGUUUGGGAGAUCACAGGAGCUGAAUUCUCCAAAGCUGAGGCCCAUACAGCUGAUGGCAUCUCAAUCCGUUUCCCCCGCUGUACUCGAAUUCGUGAUGAUAAAGAUUGGAAAUCAGCCACCAACCUCCCACAGCUUAAGGAGCUAUACCAUCUUUCUAAGGAAAAGGCAGACUUCAUGGUGGUGGCUACAGAUGAGGGUAGUUCUGUGACUAGUGGCAGCAGUGGAGAGAAUGAGGGCACCUCAGCAUCUUCCACCCCUCAAAGAGCCUCCAGAGCUUCUCCCAGUGAUGCCCCUGCCCAGGCCAGAAAGGCAGAAACCAAGAGGAAUGUCUCCCCUGGCCCUGCAGGCUGCAAACCAUCUGGGAGACCUUCCCCUGGGAAAGCGAGCGAGAAGCAGGGCCAGAAAAGGAAGGCCCCGGAGGAAGACUCCAGCCAAAAGACGCUGCUGGACAUCUUCACGGGCGUGAGGCUCUACCUGCCGCCCUCCACGCAGGACUUCGGCAGGCUCCGCCGCUACUUCGUGGCGUUUGACGGGGAUCUGGUCCAGGAGUUUGACGCGGCCUCCGCUACACACGUGAUGGGUGGUGGCGGCGAGAACCCCGAGGCCCUGCGGGUCUCCCCCGAAUGGAUCUGGGCGUGUAUCCGCAAGAGGAGGCUGGUGGCGCCGUGCUAAAGGGACGGGACGGGCCCCGGGACCAGGACUCGAGGUGCUGCGAGUGGAGGGAGGCACCGCUGAAGCCCACCUCCCGACUGCGGGGGGGGCCGGGGCCGGGGCCUGACCGACUGGGCCUCUUCUUGUUUGGGCCAGAAAGCCUGGGGAGCCGCUGCGGCCUUCUGCCCGCCUCCGGCCUGGCACUCUGGGGCAGGUCAAGGAGGAAGGGGGGAGGCCAUGGCAGAACCGGUGCCUUUUCUCCCUCACGAUCCCCGCUGAGCGCUUCUAAAAGGUGUUACAGACCACGUCAGGAGGGCUGAGCUGAGGGGGGAGCCCGGGGGCCCUUGGGCAGGGCCUCCAGUUUUAAAGAUUAGCAGAAUAAACUCCCGAAAGGCG